ACCUCGACAUGUGGUGGACAGAGUCUUCAGGAUCCUUUUAUGAAAGGUAUCUGGUAUCAGGAGCAUGUCGUCAAUCUUCGGAGAGGCCUUAUUCUAAAAAUAAAUACGCACAGCCACCACGACCACGCAGUUUUGUAAACCCGCGUUUAUCAAAACCAGAAGCAGUACCCACAGGAACUGCAAAGCCCUUUGAAAUAACCUGUCCACAACGACCUGCGCCGCCUCUGUGACAGCAACAGAAAAAGAUACAUUUGAAGCGUGUAUGACUAUGAUCGUAGCUAGCUGUUACAUAUCGUACAGAAGUCUACAAAUUAUUACAUGAUUUGUUUCCUUCCUCGAGCUUAUUCCAGCCCCCUAGCAGGUGUAGUACAAUAAGAGACUAUAUGUUCGAGCAUCUUUGGUUCAGACUGUGAAGAGCACGAUGAUAAACGAAGGAAAAAUGAGUUCGGCUGGUUUUUCCAAGAAUCCGGAGCCUCCUUUGAAGCCGACACAUGACAAGAAAAGCAAGCAGAUGUUGCGCGAUCAAAAGACCUCCGCUUCCGCAACGAUACUACACGAAGCCAAGUACUUACUACUACAUAAAUUAUCGAUUAUUCCCAUCUGAUGGGGCACCUACGCCUACUUGCGCCACUGCUCUCUCUACUAGCUUUACGCGCACACGAAGACCUCCCGCAAAGGUAGAUAACCUGUGCUGGGUGCUUUAGCCCGCCCUCGCACGACGCACCUCUUGUCUCAAAUAAUCUUGUCAGGCAAUCUCACAUCAGCGGCACUGGGAGCCGAGCGCAACAGUGGAAGCAGAUGCACUUGGUCGUCUACUUGUUGUGGGUUGUAUUUGUUAUGCGCCUUAUUCGAACUAUUUCGAAUAAGUUAGUAGUACUUAUCGGGCGUGGCGGCCAAUCAUUUUAAAGAAUUUCACCGACUUACCCGGACCUUGUUCAAGGUCGUUGGCUUGUCUGACGCUGACCCGUAGGAAAUACUUCUGAAAUUCCGCAAAAAAAUGCACGCCGACUCGCUCCAUUUUUGGACUCAAUGGGGCUGGGAACUUCUCUGGGCUUUUUCGAAAAUAGUUGGCAAUCCCCGACAUAAUAGCCGAUCUUCUUUAUUCGCAUUCUGUCACGGUGUCAAUGUAAGUAGGUAAGUACUUCUUCCACAACUGAGACAAAUAGAACUGAGGGUAUAAUAGUUUCUACUUGUUAACUUGGUUAAGAUGAUUGAGAUUGCAUCAUAUCAUCGAUCAGUCACGACUGUAUUAAGUAAACUGCUCGAGUUCUUUUCUAUUAUCAUCUUCUUCUAUAUGUGUGUGUGUGUGUGUAGUGUGAGAGAUGCGUCCUUGGUUCUCUCCCCUCCUGCUCAACGUGACCCCUCUCAAGUUCGUGCAUCACCUAAUAUCACGGACUUCUCUGGGGUAUUUCUAUAGAUACAUACAUUCUUCUAUAUAUAGUAGAAGACAAGAAUACUUUUGCUCUCUCCAAGAACUCUCCGCGUCCUCUUCUACAGCAGUUGCAAAAAUUGCAACUCAGCAUGGGUAUUCGUCUUAGUCAAGUUCGACAGCAGCUUAGAACUGUCUUAAGCUUACACAUUAGAAUUUGUACUUCUAGUUUUUCGUCUUCGUAAUUUGGAAGUUGUAGCGGCCUUUUUUACAGCUUUCAUACUUCUCGGAACGGUGUUUCAUCUGGUCUUCGUCGCCUUUGUGCCAGAUGCUCUCUCCUCCGACUCUGGUGGGAACGACGUGAAAGAUCCACCUACUGCGUCUCGUAUAUUACUAAAUGUAAAUCCACUUCCACAUGAAGUUCGCAAUUGAAAGCCUCCAGUGCAUGUUUUAAGCUGAGCGAAUAAGUGAAACGAAUAGGAGGUAUGAUGUUUAUGACAUUGCUCAUGCUGUUGGUCUUAGUCCUAUUCUCUUCUGCUCGAAAUCUGAAGCAAGAAGUGGCGCAUGUACAGCUCAGAUCUUCUUCGCCAAGUCAGGACGAGUUGAUUGCUCAUGGGAGAUGAGUAGAUGAUUCAGAUUUUCUUCACGGGCCUCGUUUAUGAUAAAGAUGCUUUUUGAAGUCCUGAAGGAUCAUGCGGUGGACUAAGAUAAACAUCUCAAAUGAGAUAGACACUCAAACUUCCUCGGGGAUUGACCUUGACGUACGCAGAGAGUCCAAACACACAACAGGAAAAAACGUCACUAGCUCAUACGCAUUGACAUUGCCUGGUGGAGCUGCUGUUGGGGAAUGGUUCCAGACGUCCACAUCAAGCACAGGCAUUUCCUGCUUACUUACUCAUACUUUUCUUGGGACCACUCGUUAUUUGAAUGUAUCCAUUGCGUGUGUAAUUAUACAUUAAGUGUAUGGUGUACUAGGUAGUCUACAUAGAAAGAGAAAGCGUUUCCUUAUGUUCACUGUGAUUUUUGUACACCUCCAUACACAUGCUCACUCUAAGAAUUACUCACGUGGUUUUUGUAGUAUUUAUAGUUAUCGAUUCUUUCUGGCCAUCACCACCUUUUACAUUCUCCAGGUUCUACAACCACGAGGAGCAACGCAAAACGGGCCGGAUUUUUGAAUAUAUCUUCGUCCUCCUUAAAGAAAAAUCAAGGGGUGCAACUAGAACUGCCUUCGCUUGCAUCGACGACCCAUGCAAAGAGCACUUCUGCCUCUGGGUUUUUGGGAGCUGUGCAUGAAAGUGCAGCGACAAGAACGCAGUUGCAGAAAUAUGACGCCGAUAAUACCAAUGUCCGUGUGGAGCUGGAGACUGAUAAUGAUAGCAGAAGCAGCGCUCUCGCUUCUCAUACACAUGGCACAGCUACUAACGUCAAGACAGCCUCAUCAACAUCGAUUUCGCAUGGCGCAGCCCUAUCAAGAUCAUUUUUGUUAAGCCUCGUCGAGCUGAAGAAUCCAUAGUUACAUAUAAAUAUAUUUUUUUAGAAGUCGUAGUGAGUCGUUAUUGUGCCUUAUCUUCUGUACCUGUAGAGCAUUGAUCAUUGAUCAAUCAUGUAAUUCGAGUCUGCUGUUAACAGUAGGACGAUUGUAUCUAAAUGCAUGUUGUAACUUCUUCAUUCAUAGUACAAGUACAGAGACGUUUUACAGUCCACUUUUUUUCGAAAUAUCAUUCUUCUAACUUUCGAUCGCAGCGUAAUGUGGAGUAGUGCCUCUGCGUCCCUCCUGGCGAACAUGACCUCUUUUACAGAGGUAAUGCGACAAUCAUCGGCGACUGAUCCGGACGAAUAUUUAUGAAUGCAGUUGCAGUAAACCUAACCCUAAUUCUAAUCCUAAUACUGAGGCCAUGGCCAUCUACGGGAUCCUCGAUGGUCUGAGUUAUCCUACCUUUUUAGUCACUCUAAUGACACCAAAGAAAAAGAAGAUUAUCAUUAUUCUCUUUAAAAAAAGGACCUAGAUGAUUAUUCUCUAAUGAAGAGCGAGGGCGAGCAAAAUAUUUGCAGCAGUACUUUACGCAGUCAAGGUGGAUCAGUCAGAGCUGAGCAGUGCAAAACGCUUGACGAGAUUUAAGACAAGUAGCGAACGCAGAUAAAGAGUGGUUAUCUAGUAUCGAACGUAGAUAGAAAUAGAUAUCAUUUUUAUAUAAAUUUAUCACCAAUGCCCCACGAAAGGGCUGCGCACUGCUAGAAUGUAUCAAUGGCACUAAGUAGCACCACGAAAAUGUGCAGGAUCCUACGUAACCUCAGAUAGCAGGACCACGCUGAGAUGAAAGACACUUGUUCCCACUCUAAAUCACGCUCUUCAAGAUGGAGGUUUGGCUCCGGGAAAUGCUGAGAGCGGGGCACCCGCUGGUCUCUUCUGAAUACAGUGUUCUUGGGUCUGAGAUGAUGGGAGAAGCUGCCGGCGAGUCUUCUUUUUCGGAGAAAGGCAAGCCGCGCACCGCAGUCGAACUACGAGCGGAAGACUAUAAAGAACUUGUAAUCAAACAAUUCAAGGCUGCGUUUAUAAUUAAGGCAAGCAUCAAAAUCAAACUCAGAGGAGCAUGAUCCUGCGGCUGCGCUUUAUCCUUGGCCCCUUUCUCAAAGGGAAAAAGGGCGCUUGGAUGGCGUCAGGCUCAGGGGUGCAAUCACAGCGAAGCUAUGAAGCGAAAAUCUGUUAUCAUUAUCAAGCUUCUUAAAUAGAAGAGUGUGAUAAUGGUAAUUAUAGAUUUUGGCUUCAUAGAAGCGGUAGCCUUAGCUCUAAUGCUAGCAGAAUCGUCCUGCACUCGCUGGGCAGGCCUAUCAACAUCAAUGGCGACGAAGAGCUGCAUGCGAAGCAUGUGUCUGGGUCUGGCUCUGGACCCAUACUCACGGUCAAAACGGCUGCUCCAGUCGGGCCUCCUCGCCGCGUCCAGGGUGCUGUGGUACUUCCUGUCGAGGAAGCCACAUGGAAUUUGGUCGAAAGUGGCAAGAGGAUCCCUCUCGUAAAAGCCCCGCUAGUACUCAAGGUCAGCAAUGUCGAUACAUUACGGCUGCUUACGUUACAUCUUUCAUGAUCCAGUACUUCUUGAGUUGAAGUUGAACUACGAAAACGAAAAGCAUCUUCAUAUCUUUUAUUAAGCCUCUAUGACGUUUCAGAAAAAGGAAAACGCGCCCUUUUGUUCUUGAUUUUUACGCGCUAAAUACCGUUGGCGGUGAUUUUGCAAAAUAUGACCAGAAGAAUUGGCUCAUGAGCUCGAAAAGCGAUCCGUCCUUGCACGGUGACACUGCCAUUUGGGAGCUCUUCCUUUAAGGCUUGUCCCCCUAAAGAUUUUCCGCCUGCUUCUACUCACAUAUGCAUCAUUGAAUCUCAGUUCCAAUUCCAAAUAUUAGAGUUAAAUUCAUCUAAGUAGCAUUUUUAUCUUUUUGCACUACGAGCUGCAGAGCCACUACUUUUCACAAGAAAGCAGACCAUCCAAGUCAUCUCCGCGACGCCUACUUAAGACGGAUCAUCAUCAAUCGUCCAGAUCUUCUUCAUGAUCAUGGUAACAAGAAGUUCUACAUCUUAUACUAUCGCAUCUUGCUAGUUAGGUUAGCUUAUAGAUCCGUCGCAUCCUCUCAAGAUACUGACAUACUGCUGUCUUUCGGGAAACUGAAACUUGCCCCGCCGCGUCGACAUGAACAUGUACGCCUAGUUCUAACUUUUACUGGUAUUGUUUUCCCAGAUGCGUCCGAUCCACGAAUCCACGUCAGCAUUAUCGGAACGAGAGGGAGAAGACGUGCAACUCCACCAAUGCGUCCCUAUUUUUAUUAAAGUCAUUCUUUCGAGAACGAACUUUGGCGUGCUGAUGUACAAUUUUCACACCUUUUCCUUCGUCCACGAAAACAUGUUAAGGCGCUUACUUUUUACAGUUUAUUUUAAUAAUUGCUUGCAUAUGCACAUGCAGAUGCACUAAUAUUAGUUUAUAGACGGUGGGAAGGUGGGCACGGUGGGCGACGCUGGGCCGCUGGGCGGCCACGCUUGGCACGGUGGGCGGACCCUUGGCACACAUGGGGGGCACGGUGGGCGCACGCUGGGCGCGUAUAGCGCUGGCCCGCUGCUUCCGCCAAUGUACAGGGCCGCAGUCGAGAGCAGCGCGGCGCUGUGCUCCUUCGUGGAGCGGCCACGUUCUCGCUGCUUGCGGUGCGUCGCUGCUGUCUGCAGUGCCGCCUGGGUGUGUAGAGUCCGGCGCAGCGCUGCAAUGGGCCUCAAUGCUCUGCUGCAAUGUGCGGCCAGUGCUGCUGAGGGAUAUUCCCAGGCGGGCCAGUAGGUUGGCGCCCCGAUUCGUAUGCAGCUUGCUGCGGAUCCAGGGCGCACGCGCUUGCUCUGCCGAGGGGCUUCAGAAAUGGGCGUCCGAAGGGCGCCCCGAUUUUUGGCCCCAAGUCUCACGGUGGGCGCGCGGUGGGCGACAUCUUUGGCAGAUGACCCACUUUCGGGCCGCCCAGCGGCCCAGCGUGCCAAGCGUGCCCACCGAUCCAAUUCUGGAGAGGCUAUCAACUUUCCUAUGUAUAAAAAUACGUUUGUUUAUUUCGGAAACAAAUUCCAAUCUUCUUGACGUGUGCAGUAGAUGUUGAGAGUAGAGUUGUAUUGCACAAUACUACUGAUAAACACAAUAUUAUUUACUAGAUACCUGUCCUAGUAACUAUUCAUCAAGAACAGCAUGCUUUUCAUCCUCAAAAAUUUCCUCAAAAACAUGUCAAAAUCAAAUAAGUACACGCUUGAUCUCCAAAGGCCUUCCGGCGAUCUUAGCCUACAAAAAAAUCAUGUUGUCCUGGGUGGGGCACAUGACUGAAAAUGAUCAUCUCUACUUCCCACUCCCCCGCUAAAAUUUGAUCACAAUGAAGCAUGGCCAAGGUCAACCGCAAAUCUGCCGGCACAUAUCUUUUAUCAGCUGUCGCCAGAAUUGAACCUGCACUACCUGACAGGCUUCGCGCGUUGCAUCGAGACCCUGGCGAAGUUCCACAUCAUCCAUGGCGACAUCAGGCCAGACACAAUGUUAAGGCCAUCUACUAGAGCAGCUAGAUGACAACAUGUUGCAUAUAAAUAUUAAUGAGAACGUCAUCAUCCACGCUCUAGUACUUCUAGACUUGUAGUAUCUACUACCUAGAACGAACUACAACGAUCUUUAAUUGUACGCGUAGAAGUACUUGAAAUGGCAUGUUGGCUUAUUUCCUGUGGUUCGUGUGGGUCGUAGUCCUUGUCUGAGUCCUUAUUACGAUUUUUUACAGACACUAGUAGUAGUACUAGUAGUAGUAGUAGUGGUAGUAGUAGUAGUAGCACUACUACAUUGAUUUUGAUUUCUUCUUGUUCUUUCUUCCAUCCAAAGAGCUUACCUAGUGCGGUUAUCUUCCAACGUACGUACAGACAGAUCGUUGAAAAUUUACAUGAAUGAUGUGUCUAAGUUUUGCGCUGCAUUGCGACACGCGCCCUCUUUUGAAGUCUCCUGGUGGUGUAGCGGUAUGCAGUCAAGCGCUCAGCAAGGAGGUACUCUUAAGGAUGCCCUCGCUGAAUCAUCGUCAGCGCCAUCCUUGGCCCCUUUUUCAUCAAGGUGGGAAAAGGGUUCAGGGAUGGGCUCAUUGAUACGACGCGCCAGCUCUAAUGCUGGAGGCUGGCGACGGAAUUCGGUUCCGGCCGGUAUUUGUUGGUUUCGGUGCAGCAAUACUGGAGUACUCGAUGAAACCCAAAACUGGCGAGGAUGUUCCGAUACAUUUGAUGCGGCCACAAAAUUGGGUGCUAGGUGCGGACACGUACAUCAACGCCUGGGGUGACGAUAGCCGCGAACUGCAUUUGGCUACUGGAAAAGGUUAAGGGUUGGUAGUUGACCUGUCUAAGUAUCUCUAUGUGAGCAUACGUAUCCAUGAGUGGGACCUUUUCAACUUGAAGUAGGACGAAAGUCAUACCUAUGGCCACCUUUUCAAGUAGAAGGAGGAAUAAAGUCAUAAAAAAUCGAUGUGGAUGCGAGAUAGGUCGGUCAUCAACCUGCAUCCGCUAACAAGAGACGCAUUCUGUUCCGGAAGUGCAUCUGCUCGGCACAGACGUGAUGAUGCACCCAACGUUGAGGAACAUCGAUGCAUGCCCCCUUUUGGCCGCCGACAAUGGUGGAAGCAAGGUGCCGUCGGGAAAAGAGCUCAAAGAUCCGGACCCUGCCCGUCCCAACGCCGUGGUCUACCGUGCCGGCUUGGUCGACAAGCACUCUCUCGCUACCUCCUGGCUGUGGAUUUGGUCUUUGGGGAAACCCGGCGUGACCGAUUCGGCAACGUUGCGGAAGACCGUCUUCAAGACGGCGUACAACUGCGAUAUCGCGGACCCGGAUAGUCGUUCGUCGAAUGCCUAUGGUUGCUUACCUUUCUACCCCGACGUCGCGGGAUCGCGGGCAGCGAAUCCCUUCGAGGCGAGAUUUACCAAGCAACCAGACCCUUCGAAGCCGAAGAGUUACUUAUGGAAAGUGUAUCUAUCUUUGUUUCAGUAUUGGAAUAGUUAUUCCUUCUUCAAUAACAAGCGGCAAAAAUCGAGGUCGCGUGUCUAGGUUUCAACUUGCACCAGUGAGGGCCUCAAGAUGGAGAAGAACGGCAGUCACUGUCUGCAAGGUUUUAAGGGGAAAGGUCAGGCGUCUCAGGCUUCACGCUCGAAAUCAAGUCGCAGGGCUUUGACGGGGUGCCAGAGUUUUAGGUGACAGAGUAGACGAAACGGCGCGAGCCUCUCAGGGUUUUGGCCUCAGACUAGGCGCGGGCAUUUUUUGCCUCAGAGUUCUCAGCUUCAGGGUUUUGGUUGCAUUAUUUUUGCCGAUUUCUCUCACUACACCUCAAGGCUUGCCUCCUCUCUCAAGGUGGCGACUGUGUAGCAGGGUUCUCCCUUCUCAGAGUUGCGCAGGCUAUUCGCAAAGCCGGUUGCUUGAGUAGAAGCACGCCACGGCCACGCCUUGGCUUUCUCAGGGUUUUAAGGAGGGCCCGUGGCUAUGCACGCCACUUCAAGGUUUUAAGGGGAUCCCUGGCUUUCUCAGGGUUUCCCAGGUUUGACAAAUGACCAUGAGCGACGGGGCGGCCAGUGCUGCGGCGGGGGUAAUGAGGCCGGCGGGUCAGCUUGCCCCUGCAGGACUUCACUGCCACCCCUACGAACGGAAAGCGGCCCACGGCCCACGCCGGUCGUUAACGCUUGGAAUCCCGCACGCGGUGCUCGAAUUCUGCCCCUAAAGUCCUCAAAGCGUUGCCCCGCAACUUUUCGGCGCCUUCUUGUCUCGUUGGUACGUACUCCCUUUCCUCUUUUUGAGGUCACAGGCAGUUCACUCUUCUCGCCCUCGAAUCCACCAACUUGCCGCUCGACUCUGAGCAUUGGGGUCACCUUCACGACUAGUAUAUAGUACCUAAUAGAAUGCUAGGCCAUGAUCAUCUUCAUGGUCGUAUUGGUAUUCGUAAGUUCUUCUUGGCACGCAUCUUCUUCCGCCUACCCGUUACUUAAUAUAGCGCCAGGAUGCACAUGAAUAGUGUCAAAGCGUGAGAAAAGUGCGAAGUGCAACUCCAUGCAGGGAGUAUUGAGUACUAGCAUAACAAAGAUUCAUUUUUAUGCUAUUUACAUUCAGUGUUGUAGUCGAGGUCGAGGAGGUGGAGGCACAACUACAUCCAUUUUUGCUUGUUCUUGUAACCUUCACGUUGACACAAUUUCAAGUUCAACGCCCCAUGUAGUAAUCGGCAUGCGAUCCGUGGCAAGAAAUCAUAACACCAGAGGAAAGAUCCAAGCGACGCGAGGUGGCGGUGAAGUUAAAGUAAGAGAACAACACAAAGUAUGUUCUUCAUCCAGAAGAUGAACAGUAGCAUCGGAACUGCUUGACCUUAAUACUGGUAGAUUUUCUAAGCCAACGCUACAGCAUGAAUUCGUGCUACACAAGCCGUGGCUACUCCGUGGAGAAGCUUUAAGGAAUAAACUUGUAGCAUUGUUCAUCAAAAAAAGACCAUGAAAUGCGAGAUCUACUCAUAAUACUUUUUUUUAUACUCAACAUCUACACCUUAUUUAGUCUUGUAUUUGUGGUUUUGUUCCUAGGUAAAGCCAACGGCAUUUUAAUAUACAUAUACUAACUUCUUAUAAUAAAUACUGUCAUUUUUUUUUCUAGAAGGAUUACUUAUAUAUACUUGUAGUUCUGACCACAGUGAUGUCCUAAGUCACGGAAGACGAGCAAAGGAACUUCUUUGGUCGUGCCUUGGCUUGCCACUUCAUGAUCACAAAAAACUAUAACUAUAAGGAGUGGGUAGAGAUGGCGAGUGUGAUAACACUAGAAAAGCACCACUUUGCCAUAUGAUAAAUUUAGGAACAAGAAGAAUAAGAGAGAGAAACUAUAUUAUAAUACCAGCUCGACGACCACGACGACGUCCACGAGCUUGCUAAUGCUACCUUAAGACUCCUUCUCCUGCUAAGACUUGAUACAAAACUUCCCCGAUCAGCUGGGCGCUCAGGGGAAAGCGGGAGCGUUGGUGAACAUGCUGAGCAAGUAUGUGAUGGCCUCGCAUGAUCCGAAGCCAGACAUUAAGGCCAUCUUCAAUCUAAAAGUUGUAGUAGUUAGAGUUACACGGGUAUCAAACUUAUUUGUUGGACGAGCCUUAUAUUUCUGUGUUUACCCUUUCUUGCCUUUGAUAUAGUUCUCGUAACUGCAACUAUUGCAACAACUUCUUGCGAGGAAAAGUGUUAUUUGAAAAAUAUGUAAGUACAACAACAACAAUAACAACAUGCUUAAUAAACUCCGCUAGUUCUACUCUGCUUCAUCAUGUGCUCGCUGUAUCUAGUUAUUCGGUAGGACAUCUUCGCUGUAGCUAUUUUUCAGCUCUAAAACCAGGCCGCCUGUGUCUCCUGAUCCUCGAAUCGGCAAUCCGGGUGCGCCACCACCACCAACGACUGAGGGGGCAGGCGUUCCAGCCGAUGAAACACCUUCAACUAGCAUUACGAGGAGUCUCGCUAAAAUCAUUCAUCCACGACAGCUUGUUCUGUUGGUAGAAGCAACAUAAACUCAUACUACUGACGUCGAAUGAACAAAUUUGAAAUUCACAUUGAUGAUUUGCAACUAGUAAGCGAAGGAUGAACGAGGACACUGGAAGUAAGUAGAUAGUGCAGCACUGCAGUGGUGCUGUAUCUUACAUAAUCUAGUAAUGCAACUGGUGAGCAGACUGUCAGAACUUGAUGCUCUUUCAGACCAGCAGGUUGAGACCUCCCAGAUGAAAACAAGAGAAAAUAGAUAUUUGUGGAAACAAGUACAGUUGUCUUGGACGUGCUCUAAGAUCACCAGCCGGCCUGCGGCACAGACUGAAUCCGAACUAUCUGGCGACCCUUAAGACUAGUUUUUUUUCAUCAUCUAGUUCUAGAUUGCUAAAAUAUCGAUAGCUUGAGAAGAAGUGGCGACUAGAACUACCCUUGUUCCAAGAAGAGGAAAGCAAGGCAAGCAGCUAUAGCUAAUGCGUGUGCACCUUCACAACUUAACCCCCACGCAUGAUUCGAAACUAGCGCUAACAAGGGGUGGCAGCCGCAUCCGGUUCGCGCAAGAGAAAAAAGAAAUCUUCGUGUCCUUGCCCAGGGUGUUGCCCUUGAGAGAGAAUUCUUCAGAAUAAGGGUGAUAGAGAAUACGAAUAGGUUAUUCUAGAGACUGAGUGAUUCUAGAGAAAAGGGUAAGUGGGAUUGGGAAGGGGAACAAGAGACGUGCUGAUACUAGUAUCUAGAUAAACAGUGCAACAUGAACAUGGGGAAAGAGGUGUGAUAAGACUUCAGCGUCAGAAGUCUUUGGAGCGUAAAAAUGCAAAGGUUUUCUUAGUAAUCAAGAUGAAAUUAUUCAUACUAUGCAUAUUCUGCUAACACGACUCAGUCAAGGUAACACUUAGUCAAGCAGGUAUCGUUCAUGGCAUGUCUAACAUGUAGAAAAAAGGCUGUAGCUCUUCAUCAUCCAUAAGCAUGACCUCACUCGAAAAAGAACAGAGUCAGGAAUCAAUCACGAUAUAUUUUGUAGCAUAGAAGUAGUACGAAAAAGAGAUGUUGAACAAGUUGCGAAUCAUGAUAGAUCAGUCGAAAAGAAACACUCAUCAAGUCAUAUUAAAUCAGAUAGAUGUACUAUGUUUGAAAUGUCUACCUCAGCCUGAAUCCAAAGAUUUGUAUUUCGUAAAACAAAUUAUAAGUAGGUAAUUGUAAAAAAAUGAAUUGGUCGUAUAGAUGUCAUAAUUUUGAUGCACAGGGGAACGAAUCUAGUAAAAAAAAUAAUUGCAUCGGGAGUUUAAGUUUAUUGGGUAAAAAUACUUAUGCAAAUAAUUGAGAACAGUAGAUUUCACUUUGUCAGCAGGAAUAACUGUUGAUGAAGGACGAAUGAAAAUAAAACCGAACUACAAAUCUAAUUCAAGAUUGCCGUCUAGUUUUUCCCAGAAUUAAGUGCUUAAUAUUCAGAAUGGACCAUAAACAUCAAUCAUUCAAGUGGAAGAAGUCGCUGUGCUUGCAGGAGUCGUCCUAAAGCC